CCAGGGUCAUGUUGCCUUCCACAAAUGGUUGAGAGGGGAGAGCAGUGGAGCACCAACGUGUGGCCGACGGUCGCGUAAUUUGAAAUUGAUGACGGGCGAUGCACUCCUCCGAAAGAACUUCAAAGAAGGGACGCGUUGGGUCUCACAGGCGACGAGGAUAAAAGAGCUCCAGCAGGUCCAUCCCCUUCCCGCUCACCACUUGCAUCUCCAGUCACAGCACAGCACAGCACAGCACAGCACAGCACAGCAGCACCUGCACUCCAACCCCACUCAAAAUCAACACCACCCUCUACUCCAUCACGAUGCCCCUCAUCCUGCACGGUCCCGCCUACAGCACCUGCGCGCAACGCGUCAGCAUCGUCCUGCGCGAAAAGAACGUACCCUUCGAACUGCGCCCCGUGGACCUGUUCAAGGGCGAGCACAAGACGCCCGAGCAUCUGAAGCGCCAGCCGUUCGGGCAGGUGCCGUAUUUGGAGGACGAUGGGUUCUUUUUGUAUGAAUCCCGCGCAAUCGCCCUUUACAUCGCCAAAAAAUACGCUUCGCAAGGACCCGACCUCUACCCUACCUCUCUCCAAAAGUCCGCGCUGGUCGACCAGUGGAUCUCCCUCGAAACCGCACACUUCACUCAACACGCCUCCGUCAUCGUCUACGAGCUCAUCUUCAAAGCCCUCUUCCAGCCCGGGGCCUCCCCUGACCAGGCCAAAGUCGCAGAGCAUAAGAAGAAACUCGAGAGCGUGUUGGAUGUGUAUGAGAAGGAGCUGAGUGGGAGAGAUUAUUUGGCGGGUGGAGAGCUCAGUGUGGCGGACUUGUUUCAUUUGCCGUAUGGCGUGAAGUUGUUUGAUGCCGGCCUUGGAGGCUUGAUUGAGGGACGGCCGAAUGUGAAGAAGUGGUGGGAGAGGUUGACUGCUAGGCAGAGCUGGAAGGAUACCCUGGCGGCGGCCAAGUAGAAGAGGUGUCUUGAUCGACGCAGGCGCUUCGAGUAGGCUAGUCUAUUGCGGUCACCCCGUGAUCCGG